GGAGAGAUGAUGAUAAGAAGAAGGUCAAGGAUUUUUUACUGGAUUCAAACGUGAAAGAGGACGUUUCCAUUCUUCCAAUAGUUGGUAUUGGGGGGCUUGGAAAAACAGCUGUUGCUCUGUGUGUGUAUAAUGAUGAGAUGGUUAGUAAACAGUUUAACUUGAAAAUGUGGGUUUGCGUCUCUGAUAACUUCGACAUGAAACAAAUACUGAAAGAUAUGAUAGCUUGUGCAAAGAAGAAAGAACCAACCGAGGUUGCGAUGGAUUGGUUGCAAAGUGAACUGAGGGGAGAGAUUGAUGGAAAGACAUACCUCUUGGUUUUAGAUGAUUUGUGGAAUGCAGAACAGGAAACAUGGUCGCGCUCGAAAACUUUAUUGUUGGGAGGUGCUAGAGGAAGCAAGAUCCUUGUAACUACACGCCUUCCCUUGGUUGCAAAGAUCACCGGUACUACUGCGCCUCAUUAUCUUCAAGGCUUAUCUGAAGAUGCAUCUCUUAAUUUAUUGCUCCAAAUGACUCGUGUGAAAAAAGAGGAGAUAGCAGACCCAGCCAUGCUAGCAAACGGCAGAAAGAUAGUUCAAAAAUGCUCUGGGGUUCCAUUGGUUCUUCGUGUUGUUGGGAGUAUAUUAUUUCUUACGGAAACAAGUGAAUGGGCACAUUUUUUGGAAGAUGAGCUCCCACAAGUGUUCGAACGUGAAGAUAGCAUAAUGAGUGUUCUUAGGCUGAGUUAUGACCGUCUUCCUUCACAUUUGAAACAAUGUUUCGCAUUUUGUUCAUUGUUUCCCAAAGAUUAUGAGAUAAAGAAGCAGACUUUGAUCAAUCUUUGGGUGGCAGGAGGAUUUAUCCAACCAUCAAUGAGAAGUCAGCAUCUAGAAGACAUUGCUCAUGGAUAUUUCAUGGAUCUACUUUGGAAGAACUUCUUCGAAGAUUUUCGAAAAGAUUCAGACACAAACAAGGAGAUUUGUAAGAUGCCUGCUUUAAUGCAUGAUCUAGCCUGCAAAGUUGCAGGGUCUGAGUGUUGGAAGGCAGGGGAUGACCCAAACUCCAUACUUGAAGCAACUCGUCAUAUAUCUCAUGGUUUAAUUUCCAAUUUGAUGUGUGAACUACCGAUGAACUCACGCUUGAAAGCAAGUUCAAUGAGAACAAUUCUUUCUGUGCCUACAUAUCGUGAGAUGGAACAAAGGAAACUAACAAGUGAAGCAGAUAUAUGCCAGCUCAUUCAAAGUUUCAAGAGGUUGCGCAUCUUCGAUCUGCAUGCAGCAAUUGUCAAGAAGGUGCCAAGGUCCAUUUGUAAGUUGACGCAUCUCACGUAUCUCGAUCUCUCUCACAAUGAUGAACUCAAAAGGCUUCCUAACUCCAUUACGAGAUUGCAUAAUUUGCAAACACUUAAUCUUCAAGGUUGUUCUGCCCUUGAAGAAUUGCCACGGGAUAUCGGGAAGUUGGUCAACCUUCGGAAUUUAGACAUAGAUCAUUGUUAUAGCCUUAGUUAUGUGCCACAUGGACUAGAGCACUUGAGUUCUCUGAAUAGGCUAACACGUUUCAUUUUACCCAAAGGUAAAGCUCUUGCUAAGAGUUAUAGUAGACUUGGGGAGCUAAAAGGGCUUAAUGACCUCAGUGGAAGCCUUAGCAUAGAAAAUUUGGGACACUCAAGAGACGCAUUAGAAGAAUCCAGGGAGGCCAACUUGGCAGGGAAGCGUUCUCUGGAGUCUUUGAUACUUGGAUGGCACUAUCUCGAUAUUCAUGAUGCAGAAAUUACAGAUGAAGCUCUGUUGGAGGAAUUGAGGCCGCACUCAAAUUUGCAGCAGUUGACGAUCAGCGGAUACGAAGGAAAGAGCUUUCCAAGUUGGAUGAUGGAUAACCGUGUGGAUUCCUUGCCAAAUUUAGUCGAGGUACGCUUGCUGAGAUGUGGAAGAAUAGAACAUAUCUCUCAACUGGGCCAACUAUCUCACCUCAAGUCUUUGGAGCUUUGGGGACUCACUGAAUUGGAAGACAUUGAGUCAGAUCAAUCCCCCACUUCAACAACGCCAUUUCCUAGUCUGUUGAAAUUAGAGAUCCGUUACUGUAAAAAAUUGAAAGCCAUGCCACAAACUCCACAUCUUGAGGAAUUGAGUUUGAGGGAGGUUAACCUCGACUUUUUUACACAGAUGAUUGGCCUUAAUAAGUUGAAGAGUCUGGAUAUAUCGCAGAUGGAGUCUCUGAAAUGUAUGCCUGAGGAGUGUUUGCAAAGUCUCUCUUCACUUGAACGUCUUCAAAUCAGUGAAUGUCCUCAGUUAACUUCUCUGUCAGGCAGUAUGCGACAUCUGUUGAAACUAAUGGAUCUGUCUGUUUCCAAUUGUGAGAAGCUUGAUUUAUCCAAAGACGGCAUCUUAGAUUUGCAAGGACUUGAGAAACUCCGGUCCGUGGACAUCCUUGGUGUUCCCAAGCUAGCAUCUCUCCCACAGUGGCUUCUACCGGUCAACAAUCUGGAGCAUCUUUCUAUCAAGAAGUGCUUAAAUCUGAAGGAUUUACCAGAGCAGAUCGAGGGCCUUCAAUCACUUCAAAAGCUUGAAAUCAUCCGGUGUCCCUCAUUGACAUCAGUACCUGAAGGAAUGCUCAGGCUUCCAUCCCUUACUAGCCUAAGAAUCGCAGGUUGCCCAGAAUUGGAGGAGAGGUUGAAAAACUUUGCAAGGGCGCACCCGGACAGGAUUAAGGGUGGCAUACGCAUGGAUUACGAGCUCGAAUACUAUGAACGCCACUUAUGAUUAGAAAUUCUCCUCUUCUCUUUCUCUAGGUACGGCGUGGAAACAUUGACACGGAUGUCGCUGUUCCUUCAGGAUGGCCCUCAAUGGGAUGCCCCUAAACUCGGUGCUUGCUUUAUUCCCAGAAGUACGAGAAAAACAAAGAAAAUUCAUACGUCUUCUCAUCCAACUCCGAGCUCAUUAAUUCUGGCUCGUGACUCAUGCUGUAAAUAUAGUGUGAACUCUGCAUAUUUGAUUUCACAAGGAGUGCAAUGCCUGCACAGUCCGAUGAUUUGGAAGCUUGCAAGGAAAACUUUCACAGACGAAAUGAAGAACUGUUUAUUUGGAGAACCGCUUCUGGUUUGCUUCCCUCAGAAAUUUCUUUAUCGCAAUGUGUUCACGUCGAAUCAAUAACUUUUCAUCAAUUGCGUAUGGAAUACUGGGAACCAGAUUUCUGUUUCCCUAAUGUUUCGUCAUUCCUAUUCGUUCAUUUUCAGACCUGGAGAUCGAUCAAGCUCAGCGGUACACUGGGGGGCCUCGUUCUGAUUGGAAGAGCAGCCUUAGUUUUUCCCAUCUUACUCUUAUCCAACUUGGCUGGUAAGUCAAAGUACGAAGAGAUUGGUUUGGGACAGCAGGUUGGAGA